AACCAUCCACAAUAAGGAUACCAAACUUGGUAGAUAUUAGAGAUGUAAAAGAAUUAUAUGAAUAGUAGCCACCUACUACUUUCUACCAACAAAAAAAAAGUAGCCACCUACUAAAUAUGUCACAUGGCAUGUUAGUAACGUGUUUGUUUUUAUUACACUCAAAGACAAAUUUGACGGCUGGUUACAGCUGGACCAAAAUAAUGGUUUGCCUUUACUAAAUUAGUAUAAUAUAGGUUGAACAUGUAUUCAUUUGAGAUGAAAGUAGCAAUAUGGACAUAACAUCUAUUGUAGUGCCCUCUGUCCAAGAGCUAGCAAAGGAACAAUUGACCGUAGUUCCAGAUCAAUAUGUUAUUCAAGAUCAAGAAACAGUUGUACUAUCUUCACUCCAAGUUCCUGUGCUUGACCUAGGCAAAUUGUUGUCUGAAGAUCUUAAUCUCAAGGGACAGGAGCUAAAGAGGCUUGACUAUGCUUGCAAAGAAUGGGGUUUCUUUCAGCUUGUUAAUCAUGGAAUAAGUACUUCCUUGGUGGAAAAUAUGAAGAGAGACACAAAAGCACUGUAUGAACUAUCAAAGGAAGAAAAGAAGAAGCUAUGGCAGAAAGAAGGAGAGAUGGAGGGAUUUGGUCAGGCCAACGUUAUAUCUAAGGAACAAAAACUAGAAUGGGGAGAUACUUUUUUCUUGAAAACACAACCUCCUCACUCAAGGAACCCCAAUAAAUUCAACCAAAUGCCACAAACAUUCAGAGAAAAUUUGGAGAUAUUUUCUGCAGAAUUGGAAAAACUUACCAUCAAAAUCAUUGAACUUAUGGCAAAUGCUCUUGCAAUAAAUCCUAAGGAAAUGACAGAAUUGUUUAACAUAGGAACUCAAUUCAUAAGGGUAAAUUAUUAUCCUCCAUGUCCUCAACCAGAAAAAGUUGUUGGCAUAAAAUCUCAUUCUGAUGCUUGUGCCCUAACCAUCCUACUUCAAAUCAGCGACAUAGAAGGCCUUCAAGUACUAAAGGAUGAACAAUGGAUUCCUGUUAAACCUCUGCCUGAUGCUUUCAUCGUCAAUAUCGGAGACAUGUUAGAGGUUAUUACAAAUGGAAUUUACCCAAGUAUUUUGCAUCGAGCAACCGUUAAUACAGAGAUAGAGAGGAUUUCGCUAGCUGCUUUUCAUGGCCCUAACACGCAAGCAAUGUUAGCUCCAGCACCAAGUCUUGUAACUCAAGAAAGACCAGCACAGUUUAGAAAAAUUAGUGUUUUAGACCAUUUCAAUGGGUUCUUUUCACAAGAGCUCCAUAGAAAAUCAUAUCUGAAUCAAAUGAGGAUCACAGAGAGUGGAGAAUGAUAACAGCUCUUAUUAGCUUCUGUUUGUGUUAUUCAUAUAGAAAGUGAAUAAUGAAUAAUUAAUCGUAUAUGCAUUAUAAUAAUAAAUGCUUCUGUUUGUAUUAAUAGUAGUAUUAUAGACUACAUUGAUGAUAAGUGAAGUGUGCAUGUCACAAAGUUUAUAUGCAAUAAAAAUAUGUGAAACUUUUGUCAUUA